AUGGCGGGGUUGCCUCGUAGGAUAAUCAAGGAAACACAACGCCUUUUGGCAGAACCUGUGGUUGGCAUCUUAGCUGUGCCGGAUGAAGCUAAUGCUCGCUAUUUCCACGUAGUAGUUGGAGGCCCAUCACAGUCUCCCUAUGAAGGCGGCCAGUUUAGACUGGAACUGUUUCUGCCAGAAGAGUACCCAAUGUCUGCUCCAAAAGUGAGGUUUAUGACCAAGAUCUAUCACCCAAAUAUAGACAAGCUUGGACGGAUAUGCCUGGAUAUACUUAAAGACAAAUGGAGCCCUGCCUUGCAAAUCCGAACUGUUCUGCUUUCCAUCCAAGCGUUGUUGAGUGCACCCAACCCAGACGAUCCUCUAGACAACAAUGUAGCUGAACACUGGAAAUCAAAUGAGAAAAGUGCUAUUGAACAGGCCCGCCAGUGGACCCAGCUUUAUGCCAAGUCAAACACAGUCAACAGUCACUGA